UCCACCCAUGCUCAGAUACCCCGUCAUUUUGUCCAUCGAAAACCACUGCAGUGUGACCCAGCAGAAAAAGAUGGCCCAGUACCUGGUUGAAAUUCUGGGGGACAAACUGGACUUGUCCACAGUCAACAACGAGGAUCCCAACGAGUUGCCUUCCCCAGAGAGCCUCAAGGGGAAAAUCUUAGUUAAGGGGAAAAAACUUCCUGCCAACAUAAGUGAAGACGCCGAAGAGGGCGAAGUGUCCGAUGAGGACAGCGCGGAUGAGAUGGACGAUGACUGCAAGCUAAUGAAUGGGGACAACAAGCACGAAGAGAACCUGGAAUCUGGGGAAGACCCCAUCCUCAGCAAACGUCACAGCCGGUCCCUGAUGGGAAGCUUGACCAAACGCAAGAAAAAAUCCAGCAAACUCAAAAGGACCCCAAGUUUGGAAGAUGGAGAAGACGACUUUGAAGGCCAAGGAAACCUCACUAGAACUUCGGUCCAUUAUAGCAAAACAAAUCGGCAAAAGAAAACAAUGAAACUCUCCCGGGCUCUCUCGGAUCUGGUGAAAUACACGCGGUCCGUCGGGAUCCACGACGUGGAAUCGGAAAUGGCGCUGAACUACCAAUCCGAAGGCAGGAUGCUGCAGCUCAACCGCGCCAAGUUCAGCGCCAACGGGAAUUGUGGCUACAUCCUCAAACCCAAGUGCAUGUGUCAAGGUAAGAGAGCCUGUCUCACGGUCCUCUCCCAGGAGACUGUAUUCCAGGGUAUUCUCAACCAUGGGGAAUUCUGGGAGUUGAAGUCCGGGCACCUUAAAAGUUGCCAAGGUUGAGAAACAUACUUUGCUCUAUUUUGUCUUUCCAAUCGUCCUCAGCUUUCUUGGGCCGGGCCUGGUUGCACUUCCCAGGGAGCAU